AUGCGGAGUCCCGGCGGGAGCCUACUCCAGGCGCUACCCCGAUUCCUGCAGCUCGCCUCCCGUCCGCGCCUCGUCGAGCUGCCGGCCCGCGGGGCCCCGGCGCGGGCGGCGGGCGGGGGCGGCGCGCAGGACCGCCUUCCCGGGGGCGGGGCGAGCGCGGCGGCGGCGGCAGCGGCGGCGGCGGCCUCGGGCGCCCUGCUCGGCGCCUAUCUGGAGCGCCACGGUGCGCCCGCGGCCUCGGAGUUGCCGGCGCCGGGCGGGGCCUUGGCGGGCGGCCCCGGCGGCGUGGUGGUCGGGGUGGCCGAGGUGAGAAGCUGGCGCUGCUGCUGCCUCGGCAGCACCUGUUGGUGCCGGAGCCUCGUGCUGGUGUGCGUGCUGGCCGCCCUGUGCUUCGCUUCCCUGGCCCUGGUCCGCCGCUACCUGCAGCACCUCCUGCUCUGGGUGGAAAGCCUGGACUCGCUGGUGGGAGUCCUGCUGUUCGUCGUGGGCUUCAUCGUGGUCUCCUUCCCCUGUGGCUGGGGCUACAUCGUGCUCAACGUGGCCGCUGGCUACCUGUACGGCUUCGUCCUGGGCAUGGGUCUGAUGGUGGUGGGCGUCCUCAUCGGCACCUUCAUCGCCCAUGUGGUCUGCAAGCGGCUGCUGGCCGCCUGGGUAGCCGCCAGGAUCCAGAGCAGCGACAAGCUGAGCGCCGUUAUUCGCGUCGUGGAGGGAGGAAGCGGCCUGAAGGUGGUGGCUCUGGCCAGACUGACCCCCAUCCCCUUUGGCCUUCAGAAUGCAGUGUUUUCGAUUACUGAUCUCUCAUUACCCAACUAUCUGAUGGCAUCUUCGGUUGGACUGCUUCCCACUCAGCUUCUGAAUUCUUACUUGGGUACCACCCUGCGGACAAUGGAAGAUGUCAUUGCAGAACAGAGUGUUAGUGGAUAUUUUGUUUUUUGUUUACAGAUUAUUAUAAGUAUAGGCCUCAUGUUUUAUGUAGUUCAUCGAGCUCAAGUGGAGUUGAAUGCAGCUAUUGUAGCUUGCGAAAUGGAACUGAAAACCUCUUUGGUUAAAGGCAAUCAACCAAAUACCAGUGGCUCUUCAUUCUACAACAAGAGGACCCUAACAUUUUCUGGAGGUGGAAUCAAUAUUGUGUGAUUCUUAUGAAAUGUGUGAUUAUCAAGAGCCUAGUGUGCUGUCCAGGGCCUAGCAGUCACUUUACUAGUGGGCAGACACAAAUUCUAUUUGUAUUACGGCACAAGCGAAACUGACUAGUUUCUAAAUUGCACAAUUUUUUUAAAGCAAGAAUCAUUUUCUGGAUGUGUAAAUGUAAACGUAGAUGCAAUUUUGGCUGUACUUCUUUCUCAUGCCUGUAAUGGCCUGUAGGUCUGCACUUUAGUGUCUUUUGUUUUAUUGCUGGGCACUUAUGAACAGAGUGAUAACCCAGAUACUUUUUUUUGCUGAGGGUCUUUAUUUAUAAGGUCCACGAAUAGUUGUGUGCAUCUCUUUUGCUUUAUAAAGAUGAGUAAAAGUAUGCUGUUUAAAUGUGUAAUAUUAUUGGAUGUUCUUCACUUAGUUAGUUUUUCCAGAAGGUAUAACUGAUAUUUUUUGUUUUGUUUCAUUGUUUCAAGUGGGACCACUUUGCUUCCCUUUCCUUGCUUGUUAGAAAACAUGCUGACUUUCAGUUGAAUGUAUUUUCAAAAGCAUCACAUUGUUGCGGGGCCAUUUAUACCUUUCACACAAGCUUAAAUCCUACAUUGUGGGACUGAAGUGCUCUUAAGAUACCUUUUUAUUUUCACUGUAUAAUAUGCAAAGCAAAAAGGGAAAUUAUUUAAGGGUGGUGACUCAAAAUUAGAACUUCUGUUCUAAUUUGAUUACCUUGGCUUUAUCCUUUUUAGUCUUUCAUCUAAGGGCUGUCCCAUUGCAAUGUUAUUAAAACAUUUUAUUGAAAUACUUUUUUCCUUUUUAUAUUCAUAAUUAGGCUUUGAAAUAAAGAUAUUCCUUUAAAAUGGUGGGCUUGCCAUCAUUAAAGUUGUCACUCAGGUGGCCUUGUUUAAUCAAAACGCCUUUUAAAAAACAAAACAAGCUUUAAAAUCACAUUUAUAGUUCCAUUGGAGUACUUAUAUACUUGUCCCCAUAGUCUUCAGCUUUAAAAGUAUAAAUACAAGAAUACGUAAUGCCCAGAUUUUGUAUUGUUUGCCGUACUAUAGGUAAGUUUGGUUUGUUUUUGGUACUUGUUUUCCUCUGAUAAGACUCAGGAACUCUGAAAUGUGAAAUCAAGUGUCUCAAUUCUUUCUCUUGUAGCAUGAAUAAAAGUGUAUUUAUGAAUAGCACUUAUGACUAUAGAAUACAAUAACUCAGCAUAUGAUUCAUAUGACGUAUGUUCAUU